AUGGGCUUCAUCGUGUUGCCAGCAAGCAUACCAGAUAUCCGUCUAGUUUACGAUGUCUAUUUUGCCGCCUUCGACGGCGAGCUCGUGACCCAGAUACUGUUUCCAUGGGAUAUUCACAAUGAAGACUUUCGAAAAGGUCACGCAGCACAUACUCUGGAUUAUUGGCAGAAGGACAAACUUCAGUAUACCUAUAAAUGUGUCGACACAGAGACUGAUAAGAUCGUCGGCAUGAGCCUCUGGGAUUACCAUUGGAAAGAACGAUCUGAUGAGGAGCGAAAAUUGCCCGCUGUCGACUGGUUGCAAGGCGAACAAAAAGAUCGUGCUGAAGAGUUUAUUCGCGCCUUCUGGCAGAGGAAGGAAGAACUCAUUGGCGGCAAGAGACACGUUUAUUGUCACGUCGUCGCUGUUCAUCCUCAAUAUCAACGACGAGGAAUCGGCGCUCUUCUGACCCAGCCUGGAAUCGACGUCGCACAGCAGCUUGAAGUCCCGCUGUAUCUUGAGGCCACCGAUAAUGCAACCAAGCUUUACAGCAAACUCGGCUUCGAGAAGUUGAACCCUGGUGUAGUUCUCAGUCCCCAAGUAGCCGCCACUGACCAGUCUAUCGAGGCUCCCAUCAUGGUGAAGAUGCCUACCGGAGUCCACAGCUUCGAACAAUGGCUACAGAACUAG